AUGUCCAACGGCACCACACGAUCGCGAACCUUACGUCACAAAACUGCUCACCGAUGGCAGCACUACUGCAUUCGCGGAUCGUCCAGUGCCGCCCUAAUGCUGGCAGCACUGUCAACACUCGCCGUGCUCACGGUCACACUUGCGACAACCAAAUCCGGCAGCGCUUCCAACCCGGUCGUACUGAUCUCGCCCAACCACGACGAACCGACGGCACUGGCACUGGCCGCCGCAGCCGCCGCCGGUCAGAAACAAUCGCAGCAAACGUACUACAGCAGCAACCGAGGUGGCAGCAAUCCACCGCGGCAACAGUGCGCCCUAUCCGAGCACACCUGCACCAAUGGGCGUUGCAUUCCGUGGGACAAGUACUGCAAUAAUGUAAAUGACUGCGGCGAUGGCAGUGACGAACCACGCUUCUGCACCCGAUGCAACCGUACGUACUACGGCAACAUUGGACUGACGUACAAUCUGGAGCUGCACCGACCGAAGGAGGACCGGAUACCGUACGUGUGCAUCCUGACGUUCACAGCCGCCGGUGGCAGCUACGGUGACAUCGUGCAGGUGACGCUCGACAGUUUCACCCUCGGACGGUUCGUGUCGUACACGGAAAAUGGCUGCCCGGACGGUUAUCUGCAGGUGUCGGAAGCGAAACGUGCCAAUGUCGGUGGCAUGUGGUGCGGUACGACCUGGGGUCCGGCCAUCUUCUACAGCGAAACCGAUUCCCUCGUCAUGACGAUUAAACUGUUCAAACUUUCGCGUGACCAAAGCGGCUACAACUUCGACUUCCGGAUACAGUACAAAAUGCUGUCCCGUGCCAGUGCGGUCGUGCGGUACGGUGGACAACGGCACGAGUACAUCCCACCGUGGACGAAUGUCACGUACAUCCCGAACUACCCGCUGAUCGAGGACUUUACCAACUCGACCGCACACUCGGAGCACCAGACGUACCAGGAGACGACCGGGUUAGGUGUCGGGACCGGCCAACAGCGCAACCGGAUGAUAUCGCUCGGUGCUAACGAUCUACCCUACCCGACGACCUACGACAAUAUGACGCGCGGCAACAUCGGACUGCAACGGGGUGGGCCCUCCUCCUCGUUGGGCGGUGGUUCAAUGUUUGGGCGCCUGAAUGGGUCGGCCGACUCAUGGAUGCCGCUCGGGCCAGGUGUACCAACUCGCAAGCAGCUGAACUACACCGAACCGCAGUACUACUUAGGCGACCUAAUGCAGGGAACGUUUUGCUCGCGAAUAUUCACCAACUGCGACAAGAAGGUGUGUCGAUUGCAGUCGCCCAACUUUCCCGGCAUCUAUCCAAGGAAUCUGACGUGCUACUUCGCCGUUAGGCAGCACGACGUCCCACCAGGUAAGCAUGCGUUCAUCGUCAUCAGUCAACCGAAGGGCAACCUCGUCUGGAUAUCGACCGAAGCAUCGGCCGGUGCCGCUUCCAACGCUGCCCGGGGAGGAGACGAAAAGGAAAAGCACAAACCUCGACUCCAGACCUGGAACGAAUGUGACAGUGUGCAGGACAGCACGAAUCCGAAGUGGAAAUCUACGGUAAUGUUGAUGUGUCUCAUAGUCUCUUCUACUUCACUAUUUCCAUCAAACAAACAAACAGAGCAAACAAAAACAAAACUGCAGAAACGACAGCAACACAGGCGCUUCUUGCUAUGUUUUUCCUAG